AUGUCGACAUCGUGGAUCGAUAGUUCCAGGAUAUUGGCGUUGCCCGUGGAUUUGGCAUGGAGGCUAAUGACUGCCGUCCUCAAGAUUCCGCGAUGGAUUCCCCUUCGUGUGUCUCAUACGGGCUUGCUGCGAAGCGUCCAGGCGUUGUUCUGGCAGCGGCCAAAGUCUCUGGAAGACAUGCCUUUUGACGUGAUUUUUGGCUUGUCUUACCACCUUUCUGUGCAAGAUAUCUGUAGUCUUCGAGCGACAUCCCGACAACUUCGACAUCUGGUGCAAAGCAAGUCGUUGUGGUUGCUCGUGCUUCGCGACAUACUGGAAAUCCGGCCGAUUCCCCGGCUCCGUUUCGCGCUGGACGACAUGUCACUCGAAGAACUGAUGAAAGCAACGAUUCGACUGAAUGCUCUAGAUAAAAAAAUCAGGGGACUGGAUCCCGACGUUAAAUUGACACAAGUCGGCGGUUUUGACGCCGACCUCGCCGCCAUCUUGGUCCCGGGUGGCCGCCACUUCGUGACCAUCGCUGAGCCGAAGCUUGAUUUCUUCAUACACGACUUUCGGGCGAAGGAUCUUUCUGCAGGACGACCGUUCCUUCCUCAUUUCAAACAUCGCGUCAUGUCGUGGCGCAUGGUGCCAGUUGGCGCGACCAUAGUCAAUCUUGCUGUUGUUACGCUGGACAUGGAAAGAUAUGUUGUAGAUCACAACAGAUACCGCCUGCCACGCUCUUAUGUUCAUGUGUUCCGCUGCGAUGUUGUUACAAAUAGCUGGGAGCAGAUCGACUACUUUUACAUCGAUGCCAGAUUCGAAGAAUUCUAUUUCGAUUCGCAAUUCAUCGCCAUGAUGUGGCGAAACAUCGGCAGUGACCACUCGCAGGCCAACAUUCGUGCUUACGUUCGGCGUGAAAGCACACCUAUACUAAACUUAGUAGAUAUUGGUCACGAGUGCUCAACGGGCUCGAUCGUCAUAAUUGACCUGUGUCACUUCGUGGUGGCUUCCAACAAUGUUGCUCGCCUCUUUCGUUUACCGACUUUCUAUCCUAUUGUGGGUACCAGCGCGGCCAAAACCGCCAUCGAUCAUCGGACCGUUUGGCGGAGCCAUCACCGACCAUUUAUGACAUCAGUCCAAGCACCAUUUGUCGCAGACCUGCUACCUUGUCGGGUCGAAUCUCCAAGCUUGUCACCACCAGCAAAAUGGGUGUUCUGGAGCGGAGAUUAUUGGUACAUUGCCACACGAGUCGGCAAUGCCUUUGAGUAUGAUGUCGAAUGCCGCAGGCUUCUCCCGGGUCGCGGUAGAGACACGAUGUGUUGUCACUCAGUCGGCAAGUUCUCCGCAAUGGCUACUACGUUGAAUGAGGAAUUUUUCACAUUUCCUCUCCCUAUUAAUUACAAUCCUUCGAGUCGAGGAUUCACACGUCUCGAUGCACCACUCGAAUUUGAUGAUGAGAUACGCCUCAAGGAGGUUGCUUUUCCUCAAUAUCAGCAGAAGGAGAUGUGGUCGGUGCUCUCGCACGAUGAAGAGUCUGGGCAUAUACUUUUUCUGGUUCAAGCCUCGGAUGAUUCAUGGCGGAUGAUAACUGCCAUCCUUGCUUAA